AUGGACGAUUAUUGGUCUAGCUCAGAUGUUUAUAGCUACGAAAAGGAGUACUUCUAUGAGACUAAAAGCUAAGAAGAAAUUAACAAGUACACACUUUCUGAAGAUUUGAGCACCAUCUAGAGGACUAAAGAAAUACUUUCCUUUGGUGACCUGGUGCAGAGACUAGCUAUAUACAAGAGUUUACCACUUUUAAUCUAGGAGUCAGGAGUUGAAGAGAAACUUAUGACUAUGGUUGCAAAAUAGGUGGAGAGCCAGGAGGCAUAAAUUUAAGUAGAAGCAGGUCGCUCAUUUCUCCGAAUGAUAGAAGAAAAGAAAUCUGAGAGCUUCAGGCAAAUUGAAUUCUUGAAAGAUAUUCUUUAAUUAACCAUGAAUUUGUUGCAUAAUUCUAACAUUCAAGUUGUCGAUACAUGGAUUGAGGUGUUUUAAAAACUCCUUACAGAAAUACCCUUUCCUGAAAUUCAGAAAGAAGUUUUGGCAGAAAUUUAUGAUUUAAGCAGCAUUUGUUCUUCUACUACUAAUAAAUACUCCUCUAUUAGGAUGAUAGCUUCUUCUAUCUAAUAUCUUGGCAAAAAUAUAUCUGAUAAUCUCUUGAAUCUGAUCAAGUUGUUCAGCCAAUUCAAUGACUUCCAAAUAAAAAAAUCCAUAGUCUCUGAAAUAUGUCCUAAAUUAUUUUAGUUUCUAAAGUAAUCUCAGCUCGAUUACGACUGGCUUCCUUUGAUUACUGAAAUCAUAAAAAACAACAACGAGAAUAAAGAAAUUAGGUGUUAUGCCAUCACAACUCUGUCUGAAACCCUAAUUCACUUUUCUUCUGAAACUAAACUUGAGAAAAUUAUCCCAGUGCUAAAUUAUUUGAUUUCUUUUGAUUCCGACAUCGAUAUUGUUCUAACAAUCUGUAAAAAAUUAGGUCCAUUAAUUUACCAUCUUGAAAAUGAAUUAAAUCAAAGAGACUCGAAUCAAGCGUUAAUUAAAUACAUAUAUGACUCAGUAGAAAGUAAAAAUGAAGAAAUAAGAGAGAACAUAGUUUUUAACUAUCCUUGUAUCUUAUAGUUGUUUGGGAAGAAAUAGAAAGAUAAGCUAAUUAAGUUAUAUAUUCAUGCUUUGAUGAAAGAUGAAGAAAUUAAUGUUAGAAUUUAAGCUGUUAAAAUUAUUCCAGAAGUAGUUAAGUUCUUAGGUGCUGAGGAGUCAAAGACCUUACUCAAACAACACAUAAAGCAGAUGCUUGGUGAAAAAGACAAUAAUGAGAUAAGAAUUGAGUUGGCAAAAAAAUUGGGCUAAGUGUUAGAGUUUCUUUUCUAAUAAGAAGUAUUAUUACAAAAAUAAUUGUUGCAUCAAUAACACCAAAUCAGCCAUUCUCAUAAUCAUAAUGGAAACAGUGUGAAUCAACAUCCUCAGUCAGCACCUUUGUCUACUUCAAAUAAUAUCUAAAUAUUCUCACCAAACAAUAACCAAAAGGGUGUUGGAGCAAUCAUGAUCCAAGAAAUUUUCACUGAAAUCUUGAAUUGCAUAGAAUAGAAUACUAAAUCACCUUGUUGGAGACUAGUUAAAUCCUUAUUAGAGAUAUUUUAAUAAACAAAUAGCACAUUUAAUUUCAGUAUUAUUUAAGAUAAGUAUGCCCCAAUAUUAUUUAAAUGCAUACUAGAAAGUAAUUUCGAACUAAAAAAGCUAGCUGCUAAAAACUUGGUUCUCUUGAUAGCCUAAUAAAAGUAGGUGCCUUAGAGAGAAUACAUUUUUAGCUAAAUAAACAGCAAGCUAUAUGCUGGAAGAUCUUAUUAACUGAGAAUGAUUUACUUGGAGAUUGUAGAAGAGUGUAUCAAUAAGUUCUCUAAAUCAUUCUUUAAACAAUAUAAUCUUAUACAAAGUCUUCAACUAUAUAACGACAAAGUGCCUAAUGUGAGAAGAAAGUUAGCCACUUUGAUAUACAAGAUAAGAUGCAGUAUUUUUAAAGAAGAUGCUAUUCAUAUAGAUCAGUUUGAUUCUUUAAUAAUUCACUUACUUCUUGACAACAAUUAAGAAACUGCUAAAAUAGCACAGUAAUAACACUCAAACCUCAAAGACAUUGAUUCCUUUUAAAGCACCUAAGAUGAGCAAGAAACUGAUAAAUUGGAUGAAAUUUAAGAUUUUAUUGAAGAAAAUGAAGACGAAACGAGCAUCAAUAAUCCAUAAAAGAAUUAUAGAUCGUUUGACACAAUUGACAAGAAUCCUUAUUCAAUCUCUUAAAUACCUUCAGGCCUGCUUUCAGGAGGCGCUAUCAUUAAAAAAAAAAAUAUAAACGUUAAGAAAAUCCCUUCUGUAGGAAAUACAAAAAGUUUUAGUACUCCAAAAAAUACUUCUUUGACUUCUAUCAGCUCCAACACUACCAACAAAGGGAAUAUAAAAAAUUCAACUAUAACUUCUUCUUUGAUAUUUAAAUAAAAUGGAGAUUCAAAGAAGAAUCGUAGAAAUAGUUCAAAUAGUAAUGACACAAUAUCAUCUUCAAUCAAUGAAAAGGUUCCUACUGCUCAUUCAUUAUUAGUUUAAAAACCAAAUGCGUCACUGACUUAAAUAUCUGGAUAGUAAUCUUCUGGUUCUCUCUUAUUAAGAAAUAAGUAAAAUCUAUCGCCAAUCAUCGCUGCUUCGUCAAAUAACUAACAAUAAAACUAUAGUAUAUAAUCGAAAGUGCUUUCUUAAAAUACAGAUUACAUGAACAGCAAUAUACAAAGAGAUAUAUUUUCAGAUUAAAAUGAAACUUCUCGUUCAGUAAAAGAAAGAAAUAGUGCAAGCUUAAAUAAAUAUAGCUCACUAAAACCUAUUUAAAAAAAUAUAAAUAAGAUUACGCCAUUCAAUCCUUCUACAACUCCUCAAUAAAAUGCUCUUAACUAAUCUUCAUAAGUUUCAGUUAACAUUAUAAGCAAUCUCUCUAUUGAAAAGAGAGCCAAUUUUGAACGAAAGAGUACCUUUGAAAAUAAUCCAAAUGUCUAAGUUAUUUCAAACAACCUUUAUAGAAUUAAAAAGUAAACUACUUUCCAGCCUUCAAGUUUACCCCCAAAGUUUGCUCUCAAGAAAAAACCUUUAUGA